AUGGGUAAACGGAGCGCGGUAUUCGAUGAAAUAUCCGCAUUGGCUGGCGAGCGGAUAAUGAUCAUCGACGGCGCCAUGGGCACCAUGAUACAACGAGAACAUCUAGAAGAACACGACUUUAGAGGAGAAGUUCUUAAAGAUCAUUCGAAACCACUUAAAGGUAAUAACGAUCUGCUAUCAAUUACACGGCCAGAUAUAAUCGAAAAGAUUCAUAAGUUGUAUCUUGAUGCUGGAGCGGAUUUUAUCGAAACGAACACCUUCUCUGGUACCAGGAUCGCCCAAGCUGAUUAUGGAACGGAGCACCUUGUCCACGAGAUCAACUACCAAUCGGCGUUGGUGGCGAGACGGGCUUGUAAUGCCGUUCGGGAGGAAACUGCAUUCAAAGAAUUAGUGCAAGCGUAUGGUGACCAGGCACGGUCACUACUUCAAGGUGGUGUAGAUGUUCUGCUGGUUGAGACCGUUUUCGACUCCGCUAACGCUAAAGCAGCUCUGUUUGCCAUCCGAGGAUUAUUCGAAGAUGAAGAGAUUAUGGAAGUACCGGUGCUCCUAUCUGGCACUAUAGUGGACCUAUCUGGCAGAACAUUGUCAGGACAAACGGGCGAAGCUUUUUUAGUGUCGACCAAACAGGGAAAACCACUAGCAGUCGGUUUGAAUUGUGCACUUGGUGCUAAGGAUAUGCGGCCAUUCAUCGAGGCGAUGUCAAAGUUCUCGGAUGCACUAAUUAUUUGCUACCCAAAUGCCGACACAACACUAUUUUGUAUCACAUCACCAAAUCUUCACGAAUUAUCUCUGCCCUCUUUCGGUCUCCCAAAUGCACUCGGAGGAUACGACGAGACUGCUGAGGAUAUGGCUGAAACACUCAAGCAAUUCGCUAUAGACGGACUGGUUAAUAUUGUUGGAGGAUGCUGCGGUACUACCCCGGAUCAUAUUUCAGCGAUGGCUAAUGCUUUGAAGGGAAUAGCACCACGACGACCGCCUCUGGAUCCUCAUGCCGGGAAUAUGCUGCUGUCAGGAUUGGAACCGAUGACCGUCGGACCGUACUGUAACUUUGUAAAUAUCGGUGAACGAUGUAACGUGGCAGGUUCAAGGCGAUUCUGCAACCUUAUCAAGAAUGAGAAGUAUGAGGCUGCUAUCGAUGUUGCACGAGCACAAGUUGAAAACGGAGCACAAGUUCUGGAUAUCAACAUGGACGACGGUCUUCUAGAUGGACCAUUUGCGAUGAGCAAAUUUUUAAGACUUAUCGCUACCGAGCCGGAUGUUGCUAAGGUACCAGUUUGCAUUGAUUCGUCAGAUUUCUCAGUAAUUGUUGCCGGAUUAGAAUCAAUCCAAGGAAAGUGCAUUGUAAAUUCGAUUUCGCUGAAAGAGGGCGAGAAACUUUUCAUAGAACGGGCUCGACUUAUUCGAAGAUAUGGAGCGGCCGUAGUGGUUAUGGCUUUUGAUGAGGAAGGACAAGCAGCGGAAACAAUGCGGAAGUAUGAGAUUUGCGAGCGAAGUUACAGGAUACUCACGGAAGAAGUUGGUUUCGAUCCUUGCGACAUCAUAUUCGAUCCUAAUAUUCUCACCAUUGCAACGGGUAUGGAUGAACACGCUAACUAUGGUGUAUACUUCAUCGAUGCUACACGAAUGAUUCGGGAAAAUCUUCCCGGAUGCCAUGUUUCUGGUGGUGUAUCGAACAUAUCGUUUUCAUUUCGUGGAAUGGAGGCGGUACGCGAAGCUAUGCACUCCGUUUUCCUGUACUACGCUAUUAAAGCUGGAAUGGAUAUGGGGAUUGUGAACGCAGGAGCGCUUCCUGUUUAUGAGGAUAUUCCAAAGGACCUUCUGAUUCUGAUCGAGGACCUGUUGUUCAACCGUGAUCCUGAUGCGACCGAGAAAAUGCUGGUAGUGGCUCAAGACAUGAAGAAAGAAGGCAAAAAAGCCGAAAAAACCGAGGAAUGGCGUAAUUUCAGCGUUGAGGAACGUCUCAAGUACGCACUUGUCAAGGGUAUUGACACUCAUGUUGUGGAAGACACCGAGGAAGCGCGGUGUAUGACUGACAAAUAUCCGAGGCCAUUGAAUGUCAUCGAGAGGCCGCUUAUGGAUGGAAUGGCUGUUGUCGGAGAGCUAUUCGGGUCCGGAAGAAUGUUCUUGCCUCAGGUGAUCAAAUCAGCUCGAGUGAUGAAGAAAGCUGUAGCCCAUCUCAUACCAUUCAUGGACAAGGAACGAGAAGAAAAUAUCAAGAAAAUGGGCCUCAGUGAGGAUCAGAGUCCUUAUCAAGGUACAAUGGUUAUUGCAACCGUAAAAGGAGAUGUUCAUGAUAUCGGAAAAAAUAUUGUGGGUGUAGUGUUAGGAUGUAAUAACUUUAAGGUUAUUGAUCUAGGCGUAAUGACACCUUGUGAAGUGAUAAUUAAAACUGCGAUCGAAGAAAAAGCAGACUUCAUCGGAUGCUCAGGACUAAUCACACCUUCACUGGAUGAAAUGGUUCAUGUGGCGAAAGAAAUGCAGAGAAAUGGGCUAAAAAUACCGCUACUUAUUGGCGGUGCCACUACAUCCAAAACACAUACAGCCGUAAAAAUCGCUCCACGCUAUGACAGUCCCGUUAUUCACUGCCUAGACGCAAGUAAAUCCGUUGUGGUGUGCUCUGCAUUGACCGACAAAACUACAAAGGAUGCAUUCAUUGCUGACAUCAAAGAGGAAUAUGAAGAGGUACGGCAAGAACACUACGAAUCUCUAAAGGAACGUCGUUUCACAGCGAUUGAUGUCGCCAGAUCAAAAGCGUUGCGCAUCGAUUUCAAUAAAUUCGCGCCAGUUCACGAAAAAAACUACCACGUUACAGUAAAACCAUCAUUCCUUGGUCGUAAAGGAUUCUUGGAUUUCGAUCUCCGCCAACUGAUCCCAUAUAUUGAUUGGAAGCCGUUUUUCGAUGUUUGGCAGCUGAGAGGAAAAUAUCCGAAUCGAGCGUAUCCAAGAAUUUUCAAGGAUGAACAAGUAGGAGAAGAAGCGAAGAGAGUGUUUGAUGAUGCGCAAAAAUGGUUGAGCAAAAUCAUUGAAGAAAAGAAGCUCAAAGCAAACGCUGUGGUAGGAUUUUAUGAAGCUGGGUCCGAGGGAGACGAUAUUUAUUUAUAUGAGAAUGGUGCAAAAAUUGCGACUUUCUACGGAUUACGACAGCAGUCUGGACGUGAACACGAUCAACCGCAUCUGUGCAUCAGUGACUUUAUCAAACCUCUAACUAAUGGCGCUCCAUCGGACUACAUUGGGCUUUUUGCUUGCACUGCUGGUUUAGGUGCUCAGGAGUACUGCAAAGAAUUAGAGAGUGAUCAUGACGAUUAUGGAAGCAUUAUGAUCAAGGCGCUAGCUGAUCGUUUAGCUGAGGCGUUUGCAGAAUAUCUUCAUCGUUUAGUACGAAUCGACUUAUGGGGCUAUUCAACAGAUGAGGCUUUAACUCCUGCUGAUCUACUUUCUGUCAAAUAUCACGGAAUAAGGCCAGCGCCUGGCUAUCCUACACAGCCUGAUCACACCGAGAAGCGCACAUUAUGGGAUUUGCUUAAGGCUGCCGAUUAUGAAUUGGAACUAAGCGAACAUCUUGCAAUGUUACCAGCAGCUUCAGUAAGCGGUCUGUACUUUGCAAGUCCGUCCAGUAGCUACUUCGCUGUUGGUAAAAUCGACAAAGAUCAGGUCACCGACUAUGCAGCACGCAAAGGUGUACCCCUUGAAAACAUGGAGCGGUGGUUGUCACCCAUCCUAGGUUAUGAUGUGGAAGACUAA